CACCCGAUGACUCCUUCCUGUGUGACUCUUUCACAACGACUUCGCAACCUUCCAUAAAGGGGCGAGCGAAUCCACGAGCCCGACCAUCCAAACCACAUUGACAGAAGCACACAAUUGAGAUUGACUCAUCACCCACCAUGUCGCCCUUCAACCUCGAGACGUGCGCGCGGCCCAACAUUUUGGCCCUCGAACCGUAUCGCUGUGCCCGAGACGACUACAAAGACGACGGCACCAACAUUCUGCUCGACGCCAAUGAAAACGCCUACGGCCCGCCCCUCACUACCACCACCGCCGCCACCACCACCAGCACCACCAUCCCCUCCUCCUCCCCACCCCAGAGUCAAGUGGACGGCACCGCCCCGCUCAGUCUCGACCUCUCGGCCCUCCACCGGUACCCGGACCCGCACCAGACGCGGCUGAAGCAGCUGCUCUGCGACCUGCGGACGACGACGACGACGACGAGGACUAAGGGGGGGGAAAGGAGCCGGGCCCUGUCGCCGGACAACGUGUUCGUGGGCGUGGGCUCGGACGAGGCGAUCGACGCGCUGCUCCGCUGCUUCUGCGCGCCCGGGCGCGACCGCAUCCUCGUCUGCCCGCCGACCUACGGCAUGUACGCCGUCUCGGCGCAGGUCAACGACGUCGCGCUGGUCCGCGUGCCGCUGCGCCCGGCCGAGGAAGGGUUCCAGCUGGACGUGGACGCCAUCACGGCCGCGCUGUCCGCGUCUGCAUCGGCUGGCGGGGCAGCGGAAGGCCCCAUCAAGAUCGUCUACCUCUGUUCUCCCGGCAACCCGACGGGGGCGCUGCUGCGCAAGGAGGACGUGCGGGCCGUGCUCGAGCACCCGACCUGGAACGGGGUGGUGGUGGUGGACGAGGCCUACAUCGACUUUGCCUCGGCCGAGGAGGACAGCCUGGCCGGGUGGGUGGUCGAGUGGCCCAACCUGGUGGUCAUGCAAACGCUCAGCAAGGCCUUCGGGCUCGCGGGCAUCCGCCUGGGCGUCGCCUUCGCGUCGCCCGAGAUCGCCAGGCUGCUCAACAGCCUCAAGGCGCCCUACAACGUCUCGAGCCUGACGGCCGAGAUCGCCGAGUACGCGCUCUCCGAGAAGGGCGGGCUGGCGAGGAUGAGGGAGAACCGGGCCAAGCUGAUCGCGCAGAGGGAGAGGAUGGUCCGGGAGAUGGCCAAGAUCGAAGGGGUUGGCCGGCUGAGGGGUGGGCAGGACAGCAAUUUCUUGCUGUACGAGAUGCUCGACAAGGAAGGGAAGCCCGACAACGUCACUGCGCUGGCCGUGUACGAGAGGCUGGCCGAGACCAAGGGAGUGGUCGUCCGCUUCAGAGGCAAAGAGCACGGUUGCCUGGGCUGCCUGCGGAUCACGGUCGGUACCGAGGAAGAGGUGACCCGGUUCUUGGAUUCGCUGAGGAAAACCCUGGCCGAGGUGCGCGGUAGAACGCCGGUCGCUGACGAGGAGCAGAGGGAGGCCGAGGCGAGCGGCGUGGUGGCUUAAUUAAGGGUUGAGGCGGUGGUGGGACGCGUAAUUAACUCUUUAAACAACAAAAACACCGCGUACUAAAAAAAUAGAAUGAACGAAAGUCA